AGGGAGAAAGAGCUGUGUCAGUGAAACUGCCAUGUUAGCACAAAGAAUAGAAAUGGGAGGAAUGAAAAAAUCCUGUGUUUGGGUAUAAAACGCUCAGGAUGAAGCAGCUGAAAGAAAGAAAACAGAGAAAGAAGGAAAUCUUUCAGACAAGGUGAAAGGAGGAGGAAAAGUGUCCAACAGCUGCAGAGAGGGAGGAGGCUAAAACAAAACAGAGCUGUAUAGAGGUGAACUACAGAGCGAGAGAAAACUAGAGUAGGUUGAAAGCAAUGUGACAAGGAGAGAAGGUUGCUGUUGAGUGAACAUCAGAAGGGCUGGAAAUCUGGGUCUGUAUACAUAUACAAAAGACAGAGAGCUGGCUGAAAAGAAGAAAGGGAAGUGAUUUCAAGUGGAGAUGAUUCCAACAGUGAUUCUGGCGGCUGUAGUGGGCUUCAGCGCUCUGUCCUCCUGUGACUCUGCAGACAUCACUACGAGAUCGGCCACCGCAACAGCUGAUCUGUCUCAGGCGAGAGAGUUCAAUGAAGAGACGGUUAGAGGGCGAGGGGAUACUCCUGACAUCAUAGAACCUGAACCCACCACUGCCGUCUCCGACAUGGAGAGCACUUACAACUACAUAUUGUCUAGACUGGCAGCGAUGGAUCAGGCCAUCCACAGGCUAAAUGUGGGACAUUACACAUUGGACAUUAAAGUGACACAACUGCUAGAAAGAGUGUCGCGCCUUGACAAUAGACUAGGUGACACUGAGGAUGCCAUUCAACAGGUCUCGUCCUACUGCAAGGACAAUCGCAAAGAGAUUGGACGACUAGAGGGCUGUCAGAAAGGCCAUAAAAUGGGUUACAAAUGCAUUCUGGCAUACCGUGUGUAUGAGACAUACGCAGACGCAUCCCUGAAGUGCCAGGAGCGAGGCGGACGCAUGGCUAUGCCACAAGAUCGCAAGGAGCAGGAAGCUUUAGCUGAAUAUGUGAAAUCAGUAUUCCCUGGAAACUGGCCUGUUUGGCUUGGGAUUAAUGACCAGCGCUCCGAAGGCCUCUACCUAUUUGAGGACACAACCCGUGUCACUUACUUCCAAUGGAGGAAGCACUUCCUUUCAAGCCAGCCAGAUGGUGGGAAACGAGAGAACUGUGUAUCCAUGUCCUCAGAUGAUGGAGACUGGUGGGACACCUACUGUGAAAGACGCAUGUAUUAUCUGUGCGAGUUUGAUGUUUGAAUUUGAUCAAUUCCUGUAUGGUCCAGCUCUCUUCUAAUUUUGAAUUGUUUUACCGAGAGCAGCUAUUCAGUUAAAAAAAAACUGGAGAAUUAUGCACAUGUAGAAUUAAGGCCAGUGAAUUUAGAGAUCACAUGAGAUGUUUUGAUAAAUGCAUUUCCUAUUUAAACAGGAUGUUGGAGCAGGACAUAUCUAGGGCUUUGCCUCCUAUUCCCAUUGAAGCCCAAAGCAAUUCUUUUGGUUAAGACUUUUUUAUAAGUGCUUUAUUUGCUGCCUCAAUAGAAAUGAUAGAAUAUCAUUUUACCCUGUAUUUAGUCUUAAUCAUGAAAAUGUUAAUGCCUUUUAAAUUAAAUAUUAAAUAUCACAUUAUAUCACAGAAGCUAAAAUUGGUCAAAUUAAACAUUUCUUUUUUGUGUGUUUUCAGUUAGCCUUUAUUAAAAAGCUGAUUACCUAGCCUACUAGCUCAACAUAGGACUAAGAAAUUGCAAUAAAUCAAGGUCGACAACAGCCUUUUAAACGUCUACAAACACUCAAGUCCAAGUUAAGCUCAAAAAGUAAACCAAUAUCCUUCGAAAAAGUCUAUUCAAUAAAACAUAAAUAAAAUAAAUUUAAAGGUGCAAUAUGUAUGAUUUUCUGCCGCUAGAGGUCGCUAGAGGCCUAUUCAAAACAAAGGCGUAGCUUGAUGACGCCAAGUUUGAGUGCGGAAUCUUGGGACAUGUGGUCUUCACCUCACAGCCGGUGGAAAAUAAUCCGGAUAGGACUCGGGAAGAAAUCAUGUUCAUGGAUGCGAUUAUUAACGUUACUGUAGUAUGAAGCAGAGGAGGACAGAGUGUUGUUGGAGCUGAACGAGGCCGCUGGAGCGAUUGUUAACAAGAGACGAAUGCAACACAUGCCUCGCGAGAAGCGGAACUUUUAUUAUGACACAGUUGCCGGCGCUGCUUCCGCUUUUCCGGUCAGGAGUAUGAGGUAACGCAGCUCUGUUUAUCAUAUUAGAUACAUUUGAGUGACGGCUGCUGUGAGACACUUGUUACACACUGCAGUAAGAUUUUAGAAUAUCAUAUUAAUAAAUGCUGGAUGGCUUGUGUUGAUAAAUGGCAUGCAAUUAAUUUUAAAACGUAUUGUAUGAUGGAGAAAAUUCUGUAUUACUGUUACUAAAAAUAAAGCUGCAUCUGAUUAUGCUAUGUUAACUACUUGACAAAAUAGUGUUUUUCUCUGAGGCAUGGUAAAGCAUGGUACUUGCAAAAAAAAAAAUCAAGAAAAUUAGAUUUAAACAAUAAGACUAAACGUGCUGAGCUAUAUAAAAAUAAUUAGUUUUCUGUCUAUAAAUAUAUCACAUAACAGUUGUUUCAUUGUCUAUUAAAACAUGUAAUAUAUUAAAGCGUCUUUGGUGUUUCCAUGGUUUCUACAAAAUAAAACUGGAAACCGAGGAUAACGCGGUUAUGACGCAAUUGACAGACGACUCCUCACAUGUCCCGGAGCCUUGGUUAAAAUUGUAAUUUUCUCACAAUUAACAAAUAGUUGGAAACAUUUGGGAUAUUGUAAGUACUCAAGUGAACAAAAUAUAUAACACUGGCCUAGUGUUUUUUUGAUAUUUUACUGCAAAAUUAUUACAUAUUGCACUUUUAAGUAAAAUUAAACAGUCAAAGCCAACUUGCACUGGACGUGCUGGUUUCGGCCGCAUCUGAAAUAUGUGAAACACUUGCGAUUCACAACUACCUGCUAAUGCACUUACACCUGCGUAAAGUAGCCUUGUUGACAAGUUUGAGUGAGUAAGAGCAAAAUGUACAAGAUAUAGUACCUUCAAUGCCCUUUAGUUGGUGAUAUCACUUCUUUUGAAGCAGAAAUAAACUGCUGCAGAAAAAGUUAGGUGCCACGAAAAACAAGUAAUUGCUCGUCACAAAUGUAUUGGAGUAAAGAGUACAGAUAUGCUUAUUCAAAAAUGUAGUCAAGUAGAGAGUAAAAGUUGUUUGUAAAAGUAGCCAAAAUAAUACUUAAGUACAGUUACUAAUUACAUUUACUUAAAUACUUUACACCACUGAAUUAAACCAAUAUAUCCACCUGCCAUUGUGUAGCAUUACCUAAAGGACCAAGCUGCUGUGAUUGAGUGGAGACGGGGGCUAAUUUACAUAUUCAUAUAUCCGCUUAUACUAAAUGAACCAAGCGUGUAGAGUUACGUUCAAGCUAUUUUAAGUCAUUAAGAAAUUAUUUUCACAGGAAAAAAAAAAACAUUUAAAUAUGUCAUUUUAUUUAUCAAUGAUGAGUUUUAAAGAUUCACUUUUAUAAGGUGUUUGAACACAAAUGUGUCCACAGUGUGUGUAAACAACCAACCUGUAAUGGUAAAAAUCCACCCACUCCGAACAAGCGGUUCCAGAUUUCCCCUACUCUAACGUAAGAGUCCCAGCCCCGCCCGUGACUGGUGAUGACCUGCCCUAUUAGCUUAGCUCCUCCCCUGAGCUGUACACAGUCCGUCAUGUUUAUCUCCUCGCCAAAGCAUUUAACAGCAUCAUUCAAGUAAGAAAUGUAUUCUUAUUAAAGUUAUUUAAUAAAGAGCAGUGAGUGAUUUUCUGUUUUUCUUUUGUUGUUUGAUUCAUAUUAACAGCAUAUACAGCAGUAGGUACUGUAUAUUACGCUCCUGUCACUUUAACACACAGAUCUAAUAUACACAUGCGAUUUCUUUCCCUGCUGUUUAUGUUCACAGACAUAACCAACUGUUUGUGAAUGUUGUGUGUUUUUGACAUAACCUUGUGUGUAUUUGACAGUUUAAGUGCAAUAAGACGUGAAAUCAGUUUAAUACUAACAGGACGUGCCGUCUGACAGUCAGCUUUCUGUACGCUUGCUUCGGAUGUGUGUGCUCAGAAAACCAUCUAUCAGAAGUUUAAACUGUUUAAACUGCUUUAAAACGCAUGCAAUUAACUAACUUUCAUGAUGACGAAGAACUGCAAUGUCACAUGAGCAUGGCCGCGAUAUAUAAUAAAAACCAAACAGAUGUUUUGUUA